AUAUACUCAAAUACGGGAAAUGGUGCGUUUCCCUAUUUAAUCUCAUUUUUGGACCAGUGUACUCAAAUAAUGUAAUUUAAAGUACUUUUUUAGUGAUGUGUAUAUAGACUCAAAUAUCCAAACAUCAUUAAUGAUUUAAAAUACAUAUAUACACAAAUACCAUAAUUUUUAAUAUGGAAAGGGGGUAAUUUAGAAGUAUUGAAAAUUACAAGGUUUUUUCUUAGAGAGAAUUUUUUUUGAAAAAUACAAGGAGUUUAAAACGCGUGUCUCUCUAAUUCAUUUUACAGCUGAAAGGCUGAAACUAUUCAAUUUGGACAUCUUUUAUACGUGUAACACUAUCCGUAGUGAGAAGUGGCCUACCUGCAAACUGCAAAGUCAAGUUUUAACUCCUCUUCUGAGUCUUCUCCACGUACGCGACACUGCACCAUACUUAAAUAAAACUUUUCCACGAGCAGCCGGUCGAUUCCUUUCUGGUUAAAAACUGGUACAGCUACAUAGUAUAAAACUUUGUAUGAACAGACGGCAGUCGCAGAGUCAAUCAAACAAUGCAGAAAGGUACACACCUGAAAUAAAAUAAAAAAACUGAAAGAAAAAUCAACUGCUCGUGCAUGAAUUAAUAAGGUGCUUUUGCAGGGAUUUUUUUUAUAAGGUGCUUAUUUUACACGUACGCAACGAGUGCAAUAGCUGCUGGCUCGAUGCAUGCGCUGUCCACCCCGGUCUCUGUCAGUGGCGUACGAGUACUCGCAUGGUCGCAUGAAACGUGUGUGCCUCAGGAGGCGGCGCUGUACGUGGUGAGCACCAAGACGACGGAGGAGGCCAUCCGGAUCUUCACCGAGGGCCUCAAGCCCGUGCGGGGCGUCAGGAAAACAAUGAGCUCGUCCACGGACUCCUCUUCGGACGACGACGUCGACCUCUACUCGUCACAGGACUCCACCCCGACCGGCGCCCGCGGCGGCACCGGCUGCCGCCGGCACGGGCACUCCGUGAAGAAAGACAUCGCCACCGCGCCCUUCUAGACUUCUAGUUAGCUAGCCACUACAUGCUUUUGGGCUUUUGGGCCUGAUUUUUGCUUCAGCUUUAGUACGUUCUGCUUUAAUUAAGGCGCGGCAAAUUUUGGGGGUGUAGCACGCGUCCUGGCCCGGAGAGGAUGCAAAGAGACGUCGCUGCAGGUGUGUGUGCUGCGUACGCGUGUACAUAUCAUAAGCUAGCACUGUAAAUUAUGAGAGCUUUGCUUCCAAGUUUCCUUUUGUGUUCUCCUCCCUGCAACGGGGAAUCUAAAAUUCCUUUUUUUUAUCUUC